GCCAGCCUCGUGCCGCUCACAGCAGCCCUGAAACUCAAGUGCGAGUGAGAGCUAGUGCAGCCCAAACGCAACGCGCAGACAUCUGGAUUCUCGACGCAGCACCUGAGACCUUUUCCUGCGCUGCAUCUCUAAUUUGAUCAGCACGCGGCAAGCGAUUGUCACUGUUACAUACAUAAUAUCAAGAGCAAGCAUUUCAGGUUCGCUCUUUGAUCUGCUCGAGCGAGAGGGAUGGUCGUGCAACGGGCGGCAGUGACGCGCUAGCGCCCCCCACCCUAGCCCCCGCGAGGCCCCGCGGCACCAUGAGCUGCUUCCCGUCAGAGUCGUCGGCCCUGCUGCUGCUACUCACCUUCAUGCACCUCAUCCUCACAGACGCGAGCACAGAGCAGCCGGCAUCGGAGGUGACGUACGCGGUGUCGGGCGUGCCGCCGCCGCUACUGUCCAUCGAGACGCUGCCGACGGUGAGGACAACCGCGCCGGCGGUGGAGGCGCGCACCGAGCAGCCCAAGAAGCUGCUCGGCUACAUCUUCGACACGCACAUGAACAUAAAACACCACCAUCAUGACCAUAGGUGGGGGCCGCACUUUGAGGAGGUCUCCAACAGCACUAACAUGACCCUUAAGAUCGGCAGCACCGCCACUAUGAACUGCCGCAUCAGCUUACUCCAGGAUAAGACUGUUUCGUGGGUGCGGCGCAAGGACGGGCGGGAGCUGGAGCUGCUGACGGUCGGCCUGCACACGUACACGGGCGACUCGAGGUACACGGUGGAAUUCCAAUAUCCCAACAACUGGCGCCUGCAGAUCAAGUACGCAAACAAGAGGGACGAGGGUACCUACGAGUGCCAAAUUUCCACGCACCCGCCCCGGGUCAUCAGAGUCCAGUUGCACAUCAAAGCGCCGCAGGUGCAAAUCGUGGACGAGCACGGUCGGCCGAUUUUCGAGAAGUACUACAAAGCGGACAGCACGAUUCAGCUGGCGUGCUUUGUGCGCCACGUCAGCAUGGUCUCGUCCGUCGUGCUGUGGAGCCACGGAAACAAUACGCUCAAUUACGACGUCAGCAGGGGCGGAAUCAGCGUGAAGACGGAGCUGAUGGACGAAGGGGCGAACAGCUCGUUGGCGGUGGCGCGCGCCGAGAAGGGAGAUAGCGGCAACUACACAUGCUCCAUAUCUGCGACUGAGGCGGCCACCGUCGCGGUUCACGUGCUCAAUGGCGAGAAUCCGGCGGAGUUGCACCACGGCAGCGGAGGCAUACGCGGCCACCACAAGCCAAUGGCGCUUGUUUUGUUGGUAGCCCUCAAUUUGCGAGGACUCAGAUGAGGAAUGUGGUAAAAAAAUGUGGACUGCGACGACUCGAGAAAGUUUUUAUUUUCCAUUUCAGUUCGAAUAAAUCUGUUAAGCCCGAAAAAGUGUUUGUCGUUUUGUGUGGCGAGAGGAACAAAAACAAUUUUGCUGAUGUUGAGGUAUUAAAAGAAUGUUUUAAAAACUGCUGUGCGAACGCGUUAAUUGCAUUAACGAAAGGAAAGAUGCAUAAAAAGCUGAAUAAAUUUUGUACAAAUAGCAAUUGAUGCGUGUGUGUUUGAAAUUUGCGAGACGCUUUGUGAGCAAGUUUUUGAAUGAAUAUCUGCGUGCGUGGCAUUCAACUUGUGUAUCACAUGUGAUAUAAAAAUAAAAAUUUGUGAAUGUGCA